AUGAUCCAGCAGAGCCUCCGGCUAUCAUUUUCAAGUACCUUGAUCACGACAUGGCACGGUCGUCUAGGAAGCAAAGGCUCAACAGGCAAGACAUCAAUUGACUUCAAUUUCCACAUCUUUGAGCCGGAUGUACCAGAAAGCCACGAGUUGUACGAUGUCAAGAUCCUCGUGCUGCAUCACCUGUGGUUUGGACCCUUCCCUGUCUCUUACAAAAAUAUUUGCGAUCAGGAGACACAAGCAAGUAUUGUGCGCAUCAUGUCUGUUUCCAAUAGGGAGUAA